GCUCUCUUCUACUGAACAAUAAAGAUGGACUUAAAGUUCAACAGAAAAUAUAGCAGCUAAGAAACUCGGCAAGGAAAUGUGUGGCCACCAGUGCGCGAUCGACUUUAAACAGAAAGCGACCUGCGAGCAUCCAGCGUUGAACACAGUGGACACCGCACUCCCUGCUCAAGUCUGACCUCCAGUGUCGGCAGCUGGUAUUUUGACAAUGAUCAACCCUCAGAUAGAGCUCCACUACAACUACACAGGAAAGCUGGCCCACCGGCCCAGCGUUGGCACGAGCCCUGGCACUGUGGACACCAAAACCAUAGUUUUCCUCAUUAUUUGCAGCUUCAUCGUCUUGGAGAACCUCACUGUGCUUGUGGCCAUAUGGAGGAACCACAGGUUCCACAACCGCAUGUAUUUCUUCAUCGGUAACCUGGCGAUGUGCGACCUGCUGGCUGGAGUCGCUUACCUGGUCAACCUGCUCCUAUCAGGAGAGAAGACCCUGAAGCUCUCACCUGCUCUCUGGUUUGUCAGAGAAGGAAGCAUGUUUGUAGCACUUGGAGCCUCCAUUUUCAGUCUCCUGGCUAUUGCUAUAGAGAGACACCUAACUAUGAUCAAAAUGAGGCCUUAUGAUGCGAACAAGAACUACCGGGUAUUUCUGCUCAUAGGGACCUGCUGGCUGAUUGCCAUAUGUCUUGGAGCUUUGCCUAUUCUAGGCUGGAACUGCCUGGAUAACCUCCCUGACUGCUCCACAAUCCUCCCCCUUUACACCAAGAAAUAUGUUGCUUUCUGUAUCACAGUGUUCAUGGUUUUGCUCUCAGCCAUAGCCGUCCUGUAUGCCCGCAUCUACAUCUUGGUUAAGUCCAGCAGCCAAAAGGUGAGCAAGCACAGCAGUUCAGAGCAUGCCAUGUCCCUUCUGCGCACUGUCAUCAUUGUAGUUGGGGUUUUCAUUGCCUGCUGGACACCCCUCUUUGUCCUGCUCCUGAUGGAUGUGGCAUCCAAGCAGAGGUCCCCUAUCCUUUAUGAAGCUGACUGGUUCAUCGCUCUGGCGGUGCUCAACUCUGCGAUGAACCCAGUCAUCUACACUCUGGCCAGCCGCGAGAUGAGACGAGCUUUCCUGGGUCUGAUUUGUGGCAGUUGCUACAGGGCGAAAGUAUCUGUAAAUGGAAGCGGGAACAGGCAGUCUCUGGAGCCCAGCCGCAGCAGGAGCAAGUCGUGGAGUAGCCAGAACAACCCAAACCAGAACCAGCAGAGCCCCAGGCAGACAGAGCUGGAGACGGGGCGGGAGCCAGACAGGGGCCACGGAGAGGUUUCAGUGGUGGCUGGAGCGAGCAGGGGUACCGCUGAGGCUACGAGUGACAGAAAAUAUUAAAAGGAGAGAGCUUGUAAUUUACAGUAAAAUCCUGAGCUUACGGGCUUGUGCAGUAAUCACAAUGAAAAAAUUGAUUUAAAAUGAAGGAUUCUUUAAAUGAAGGGCCGAUUUCUGACGUUUGCUGCAGGGCAGUGGGUUCUCUUUGCUAAAUCUUCAUCAUCUUUAAUGUUUGCCUCUUUGCCAGUCUCCAGUGCUAAAAACUUUCAAUUUUGGAGUUACAUAGUGUUUUUUUAUGUUUUGUUUUCUUUGCUGGAUAACAGUCAUUGCCACAGAUUACUGGUGCUCUUACCCUGAACAGAAAAGACAUUUACCUCCGUGGUUACGGCUGUGACCGCCUAUGAUAAAUAAGAAGUGAACGUUUGCCUGCAAUUACCACAUAAGUGCAGUUACAUCACUUCAAAAACAAUGUAAUGAAGAAUGAUUGUAGACUAUUAUUACUGCAAUGACAAACAGCUGAAGGUAUUUAUUAAUCUACAUAGUCUGUAUUUACUCAGUAAUCCUACAGUAUGCUGGGCAGUUAAUCUGCAUUGUAUAAUAACUGAGGCAAGAGUUACACAUGUUGAACUGGUGCUUUUUUUUGUUGUUUGUUUUGUUAUUUUUGUACCAUUUUGUUCACAAUCAAAGAACUGCUUUGUAGCAGCCAAAGUAGUUUUAGUGAUACUCGGGCUCCAUCUGUUGGCCAUACUCAGAACUGCAACAGCAGCUCUACAUGUAUUUUGUUCAGGUUUUGCUGGAACCUUAGAAGCAUGAAACCAGUAGGCUUAAGACUUAAGAGGCAUGUGAAAUAGAAAUAGGUAGCUAAAUGCAGGUAUACAUAUCAGAUUUUAAAAAAUUACAGCUUUGACUCAAUAAAGUAAAGAGAAAAAUAUUACAUUUACUCUUUAACAACGCUUCAUCGGGUCCACCUUGUGGACAGUAGAGAGUGCAGCUCUUAUAGCUCUUCAUAGGUCAGGAUUUAGAAACAUGGGUGCAGCUUUUAGCAUGCCUGGUUGAGCAGGUGACACGCAUGCCGAAGGCUACUGCAGAGGUUUUGCUCUGAGUCUGCCCCCAGACAAUUUUCUGCAUGUCCCCCCCCGGCUCCCUUUUCUUUCCUGUCCACCCUCUGUGCUGCACCAUCUAAUAAAGGCUGGAAAAAUAAGAUGUAGGAAUAUUCUGUGGUUUUAAGAUUUCUGCAGUCAAACACAGCACGUUGAAUAUGUACUAAAUUUUCUUUUGCUUAUGUGAUCAUUAAAAAAAAAGACAUCUAUUUCCAAAAACAAGUUCCACUUACUGUGGACAAUCCACAUCUUAUUUUCAUGGGAACUUUCUUUAUUAUAAUAUAUCAAUAGUGCGGACUGUGGAUUACCCAGAGUAACACUUACACAGAGACAUGGUUACAAAUUCUUAAAGCAAAAUCUGAACACUUGAAGCGUUAGAAGAACUCUCAAAGACGAGUAUGCGUGAAUCUGGGUAAAUUAAAGCAACCGGGAUUAUGAAUCAUGAGCUGAGAUAAAAUAUCUGUUACUAUUACACCAGAGAAACAACAGCGAUUCUACACAUUCACGGUUUUAUUGCCAACAGUCAUACAGAAUAAUGAUUAACUAAUACAACCAAAAGAUUAAAUCUGUAAACAUCAUUUGGACUUGUUUCUAUGUUUUUAGUUGCUUUUUUUCUCUUUUUUUUAAAUGCCUGUCCCAAAAUAGUGAGUUUCUGUGUGAUUUCCUCUGACAAAGAUUUAUAUUUAGAAUCUGGAAAUGAUACAUUUAUAAUAUAUAAUAGAGAUUAUGGGAGGGGGGGGGGCAGAUAGUGAAAGGGAACAGUAGUCUCAAGCAGCAACACGCAGCAGGGCAAAACACAACCUCUAGUGAACAGGCAUGCCCCAUUGAAGAUCAGCUAUUGCACUUUGAAGGAAGAGAGAAAGAAAAAAAAAAAAA